GUGGGCUCAGUAUGCCCUCUGCUGGCCGUGGCAGGAACGACCUUCUUUUGCUUCACGCUGACGGAUGAGUCGCGCUCGCUGCCCGUGCUCGUACAGGACAGCAGCCGGCUCAGCUGGAUUCAGCGUGUGUGUGUCGGGCAGAGCGUGUGUGUGACAGCUCUACGUGUGUGUGCGCUACGAGGCUGGAGAGGAAACAACAUCCUGUGUGUGACGAAGCACUCCGAGCUGCACGCCGACUACACGCACACACAGGAACACACACAGGAACACACACACUCUGAGUCCCUGCUGCUGAUGUCACAGCCUGCUGAGGACAACUGUGAGGAGGCGGAGCAUGAGGAGGUGGAGCUGGACCAAUCAGCUGUGAGGAUAAAGCAAUCCAAAGUCAUCAGCUACCAGGGCAUGGUGACUGAAGUUGUGAGUUAGGGGGCGGGGCUCUACGUGCUGGAUGGGAAGGUGGGUCUGUGCGUGGCCUAUCAGCCGGCGGCGAAGAGGAAGCUGAGGGCGGGAGACAGAGUGGAGUUGCAUCACGCCCACUUCCUGUACCGGCCCUGCCCGGACUUCCCUCCCAGCAUGCUUUGCACCUGCCUCGGCUCCAGCCUGAGGGUGACGGCCUUCAGCAGGGUGGGAGGGUCGCCACCCGACAACCGCUGCCCGGGAGAUGGGGCGUUACCACGGUUACUGCUGCAGAGAAACACAGAUGUGUCAGAUUACCUGUGGACGUGUCACCUAAGCUCGCAGCUGGCACACAGUCUGGUCCAAGGUGUGUGGAGGCAGCAGUGUGUGUGCUUGCUGUCCUGGAGGCUGAUGGAGACUCAGAGCAGACCUGGAGGACGAGGACGCAGAGACAUCUACUCUGAGAUGCUGGACGAGCCUCACACCUGUCCUGUGACUCAGUACAGCGUGUCCUCGGCGGUCCGUCGGUACCUCGGUGUGUCGGAGCUCCUGGAGUCCCUGCAGACUGACUGCUGGUCUUCAGCCCCUCUGAGCUCUCUGCUGCCCGGUUUGUGUGUCAGGCAACGCCCCCUGCUGCUGGUCGGCGUGCUGGAGCUGCCGUCACAGACGUCUGAGUUCAAACACUCGAUGCAGCUCAGAGACGCCACGGGAGCUGCAGCCUGAGUGCUGACGGAGAGCAGCGAGGAGGAGGAGGGAGCGCAGAGGGCGGUCUUUAACAGCGCCUGGAUCGGUUGUCUGGUGGGUGUGGUGCAGUUCACCAUGGUGACAGAGGCUGU